ACAACAACAAACGACUAGUCACAAUUGACAUUUGUAAAACACAAAAGAAAAAGUAAAAAAGCAAGAAAUUAUACAAAUCAUCGCGAAAAUUCGCAAUAUAAAAAUUAAAUAUAAACUAAAAACUUAUAAUUUGAGUUAACAUUUAAUUAGAAAGCGUUUUUUUAUAUAAACAAAUAAAAGAAAAAUGGCCGGAGCAACUUUGUUUGAACGGGCUCAAGCCUUGUCAAAUGUUAACCGCGAGGAAGGCAUUUCUCUGUUGAAUAAAAUUGUACGCGAACAGGAAAUUGCCGAAAAUGAUGAAGAGCUUAUACGCAUUAAGGAGCAGGGCAUAUUACAGCUGGGUGAGCUUUACAAACAGGAGGGCAAGGCCAAAGAAUUGGCCGAUUUGAUAAAAGUAACCCGCCCGUUUUUAAGUCUCAUCAGUAAGGCUAAGGCGGCUAAAUUGGUGCGUUCUUUGGUGGAUAUGUUCCUGGAUAUGGAAGCUGGUACUGGUAUAGAGGUCCAACUGUGUAAAGAUUGCAUUGAAUGGUCCAAACAGGAGAAACGUACAUUCUUGCGUCAAAGUUUGGAGGCCCGUUUGAUUGCCCUGUACUUUGACACUGGCAUGUACACCGAUGCCUUACAGUUGGGUUCACAGCUUUUGAAAGAGCUAAAGAAAUUAGAUGACAAAAAUCUGUUGGUGGAAGUGCAACUAUUAGAAAGUAAAACCUAUCAUGCUUUAAGCAAUUUGCCGAAAGCCAGAGCUGCUUUAACAUCGGCCCGUACCACAGCAAAUGCCAUUUAUUGUCCACCUAAAGUGCAGGCCUCUUUGGAUUUACAGUCGGGCAUCUUGCAUGCGGCCGAUGAGCGUGAUUUCAAAACCGCCUUCUCCUAUUUCUAUGAAGCUUUUGAGGGUUUCGAUAGUGCGGAUAAUGCUAAGGCAUUGACAGCUCUCAAAUACAUGUUGUUGUGCAAAAUAAUGUUGGGUUUUUCGGAUGAUGUUAAUCAAAUUGUUAGCGGAAAAUUGGCUAUUACUUACUCGGGAAGGGAUAUAGAUGCCAUGAAAGCCGUGGCUGAAGCCUCACACAAAAGAUCUUUGGCUGAUUUCCAAGCAGCCUUAAAAGAAUACAAUAAAGAAUUGGCUGAAGAUGUUAUUGUACAGGCCCAUUUGGGUACUUUGUAUGACACAAUGUUGGAACAAAAUCUUUGCCGCAUCAUUGAACCCUACUCACGUGUACAAGUUUCACACGUUGCCGAAUCCAUUAAAUUACCCAUGCCUCAGGUGGAAAAGAAAUUGUCACAAAUGAUUUUGGAUAAGAAAUUCAGUGGCAUACUGGAUCAGGGUGAAGGUGUUUUAAUUGUUUUCGAAGAAACCCCCGUUGAUAAAACCUACGAAAGAGUUUUGGAAACCAUACAUAGUAUGGGCAAAGUUGUCGACACUCUCUAUCAAAAGGCCAAGAAAUUGUCAUAGAUAUAAAUCGUUUAAGAAAGUGAAACAACAUUUAUAAAAAAAAACAACAACAACAACAACAAAAUAACAAACACAAUACAAAAAUUAUAUCUUCUUUUUUUUUAAAAAAACAAUAAUCUAUAGUUUUAAAUUAAACUCUAUUCAAAUCAUACUAUAAAAAAAGAAACAUAGAAAACAUGAAAGGAAACUAUUUAUCCACAAUUUUAUCAAUAAUUUGGCCAAUGGUUCUUUCUUUUUUUUUUUUUGGUUUAUUAUUACCACAUUUGUUUUUGUUUAACUAUUUUUUUUAUACACACCUAAAGAUUUUUUUAUAAAUUUAAAUAAAUUUUUGAUAAAAUACUGCUGUUUCUUAAAUACGAUACGAAAUUAUUCCAUCUUUAAAUUGGCGAGUUGAAAAAAAUAUAUAAAUUUAAAUUAACAUUAAAAAAAGAAAAAAUAAAAAAGAAAUAAAAAAAUACUAAACUUAUUAAAAAACGUAA